CUGAGGCGUGGGCCUUGUGUCGCUCGGUCACUGGGACCGUGGUUUCGAAUCCCACUCAAGCCAUGGAUGUGUCCGCGUCUUUCUGUGUUGUGCUGUCCUGUGUACAGGUAGAGGCCUUGCGAUGGGCCGAUCCCUCGUCCAAGGAGUCCUACCAAAAUGUCUAAAUAGAUUAAGUCACCUCCAAAAGGAGGCCCCUGUGCUCCACAUAAGAGCAAAAAUGGUAUAUAGAAUAAGAAUAAGAAAAGAAAGGUGGCCUUAAGUCGGCUGUCUUCUGGGUUGUUGCACCGCGUAGUCUGGUAGAAGUUUACCAAAGUUUCAGAGGUCCUUGCUGCCUCUGUCAUCAGGCCCUGGAGACUUCGUGGCGCUACAACCCAGAAGACGGCCAUCUUCAGACUCACCGCCGUGAAAACCUCAAAUCCUACAAGAGUGGCCUUGUUUUGAAUGUGGAUAAAAUUAAACGAGAACAGAAAUGCCUACUGCAGUAUAGAAUAUAUAAUCUUUCAACAUUAUUUACAGUUUCGUACAACCGGUUUGUUCUGUCGUUUAUUUUACGCGGUGCAAUAAUAUUUUAACGCGCUAAAAAUAGUAGACAUUUUACCCUACUUAAUUUAUUCUGUCACUCACAAAGCCAGUUGGUGACAGCUGUUAUGUAGAUUAAGGGCAUUUUUUCUUAUAUAAUAAUAUUUUAAGUGAAAAUCAGGAGCUUUAUGUAAAUUAUUUGUUAUGUUGCAAAGACCUAAAUCUUAUUCCCUAAUUCGGGGUAAUACCUUAGACUGAGAAAUACUAACCUGAGGCAAAGAAUGUAUUACAUUAUGUGGAAAUAUAACUGGGAUCACAAAGAAUUAACUCAAAAUGCAGGAAAAUCGAAGAUCAAGAAACCUAAAAUUGGGAUAUCACGGUGUAUGACAGGUAAUACAUAAAUAUGACAUUUUGAAAUAAUAACAAACCAAAAUUAUAUUCAGGAAAUUUUCCUCUUGUAUAUUGCUGCUACUGUCCACGGAGUUUCGUGUCAACCGUCGCGAGGCGCAUGCGCGUUACAAACACCACAACUUGAAACGUUCUACAUCCCCCGUGCAUAAUUUGUAUUCGCGAAUGUUCCGCCGGGGUGGUUGUAACCCAUUGUCGAUUUUGGCUGUGCUCGUGUGAAAUCAGUAAUGAACUUGCAAAAUGUUGAUCAAGCUCAGAUUAUGUGAAAGGUUUGUGCUCCAUGAAGUUGGUGAUUUGGUAAGAUAGUCAUAAUCCUGUUUGUUUAGUGUUAUUUCUAUUGCGAUUUGAGGUUAGACAACUGUGAAGAUGCCGAUUUAUGUCUUCCGGUUUGUCGAGCCGUGGCUUCAAGUGUUUCGGAGGAACACAUCGCCUCCAUACGUCAUCCCGGAGGACUGCACGGCUUCAACAUUAUUCUCCGUACCCCGCAGUAAACUGGAUUCUUACACUUUGGGAGAUGCUACAGUCUGCAAAGCGGUAACCAUGGUAAUGAGAGUAUGUGAAGACAAGGGUGGAGAAUCAGGCGUCAGCUUGUACGGUAACAGAUUUCGGUAACCUCAGAGGAAUUACGUUGCAGUUUCAGACUAGAUUCAAAUCUACAACAAUGGAACGAUCAGAGCUAAAGGAAAAGUGUGAAGAAGAAGAAGAAGAAGAAGAUAUAUUUGAUGAGCUCAUGGAACACGUUGGGAUGGACGGGAGAUUCCAGUUCUGGUUCAACCUGAUCUUCAACAUGGCGUUUGUCCUCACAGUAGCAAUGCCGUCCUUUAACCUCAUACUGGCCGUCACACUGCCAACCCACUGGUGCCACGUACCGGGCAGAAAUAAAACUAACUACACAGUAGCAGAAUGGAAGAGUCUUACAGUGCCAAGAGUCGAAAAUUCGGAAGAUUCUUUCAGCAAAUGCAGUAUGUACAACCUCAGUUUUCCAGUCGACGUACAGACACCUCAGAAUCUGAGUAACGCGGUUUUCAAAGACACUGAGAGCUGUCGGCAUGGCUGGGAUUACGACACGACGUGGUAUUCACUGACGGCUCCGUCGCAGGAGGACUGGGUCUGCGAGAAGGAGGUGUACGUGCCCAACACGUUGCUCGUCGCCAGGGUGGGCGAAGUCGUGGGCACACUUGUCUUCGGGCAAUUGGGUGACACGAUCGGUCGUCGACCUGUGCUCUUCCUGGGAGUGGCGACGCUUGUCCUCGGAAGGUGCGUCGUCGCCUUCACCGCUGGCACCUACGUCGUCUUCCUCUUGGCCAAUUUCGUCGCGAGUCUACCGAUUUCCGUCGUAUUCCAGUCCCCGCUCAUCAUAGGCAUGGAGAUAUCGUCUGCCUCUCAGCGGGCCCUGCUAACGAUGUUACAGUUCGUAGGCUGGACCUCAGGGAUGUGUGUGAUGCCUAUGGUCGCCUGGGCGACUGGUGGCGAGUGGAAGCUGUUCAUGGUGCUGACAUCUGUGCCAUGUGCCGCUGUCUUCCUUGCCUUCAGACAGUUUCCUGAAUCUCCAAGAUGGCUCGCGGCAAAGGGAAAGUCGGAGAAGUGCCUCGAAGUGCUGAAUUACAUCGCCGAUAAGAACGGAACCACGUUGCCCGACAAUGCCCUGGUGAAGUUGAAGGAACUCGCCGAAAGGAAGGAGACGGUGUACGGAGUGGCGACUCUGUUCGCAAACCAGAGGCUCAUGAAGAACACGAUUCUCAUCUCCUUGUCCUUAACACUCACGCAGAUUCUGUACUACACGAUUGUACUGAGCGUGGCUGGAAUGUCGGGCAACCCGUUCCUCAACUUCCUGCUUCAAUCCCUGAUCGAGUUGCCAGGUUUCCUGAUAGGCAGGGCACUCUGCGACCGAUUGGGAAGACGCUGGAGCCAAGCCGGGGCCUUCGUGUUUGCAGGCUGCUUCCAGGUGGCGUGCCUCAUCACUGUCGUGCACGAACACUUGCUGUGGCUUCUGGUCGCGAUGGUCCUCGUAGUAAAGCUCUCCCUCACGGUAGCCGCCUACAGCUCCUACCUCCAGUGCAUGGAGCUCUAUCCGACGUGUCUUCGGCAGACGGGGACUUCCGUCGGCUUCCUCAUCGCAAACGCCCUCGGCGCUCUGGGUCCAUACAUCGUGUACCUGAUCCUGAGUAAAAUCAUGUAAAUGGUUACGCAGUAAUUUAAGCCAGAAGUCGCUACUGUCGUUCUGUAACCAACGUAGAAUACGUUUCGGGGGCUUUGGAUGGCUGAUGGAAAAUUCUUACGUAUUAUAAUUUCUCCUGACUUCAUGUAUAACGACGGAAAACAAGUUCGCCAGUGCCGGAGUGGAGAUUUGCAGUCUCAGGAACACGGCACUUGGCUGACAGGAACUGUUUACACGUGAACAAAGUCGAAGGCCAACAAAAAGUUGUUCAGUCUCUGUUAGAGGCGGAUCACAGCUACAGGGUGUUCCAACGCAAACCUAAUAACAACGGUGUUUAUAAAAAUGUUGUUUCGAUUCUUUUACGUAGAAAAACUUCACUGAAGAUGAAUAAAAUAUCUACUGCCUUCUUGGAGACAAUCGUGUACCCUGUGGUGUGUUUCUUGUGGAUUUGUAGACCGUUUCUUGGUCAAUGUCUCUUUCAACGACGCGCUGUCUCUCGGUCACAGCCCGAACUGCUCGUCACGCAGUUCUAAUAAUAUUUUAAAAUAUUCUUUUAUAUCUAAUGAUAAAUGUAUUGUUCCAUAACAAUUGCAUAAGUUAGAAUUGGUAUUUUUAUCUUUAUAAAAGAAAUAUCAUUCUUUAAAUGUAGCAUCGUGU